CCAGCACUUUCCGUCUCGGCUUCGCCAUGCUCAUGGCAACCACGCUGACUGUGACUGACGGCAGCUGGCUGGUGCACCGCAACAACGAGGUCCACAUCGCAUACGUUGUGUACGUGGUCAAGGAAAACGGCGUUGCGUUCCGCGAUCAAAGUGUGUGGUCGAUACUUGACAACAAACUCGCGUAUGGCUCGUACUCGUCGACCCAUGCACACAUGACAAACGAUUGGUUACCACCGUCCGACACGCGCCCGAUCAUCUACGGCGUGUGCAACGAGGUAAUGGGCUCCCCUGUGACGGAUUACCUAGAAGAACUCAACAUUGGAGUGCCCGUGACGGUGUUGGACUGCGGCGCGUGCACCGUGGAGGCCGUGUGCUUCGCUGCGAGGACGAGCAGCAUCAGCGGCUGUGAGUGCGUGUGUGCUGCUGGGGGCUACGGUGACAAAUGUCUGCCAGCUGCGGUUCCGGACGGCCUUGGACCGCUCCCGCUCCCCGAUGCGAAGGACACGGAGGUCCGCUGCGUGCACGGUGGCAGCAUCGACUCUUUGGACGUUCCUGAUCCCGGUGUGCGUGGUCUGUGUUUCGUCAACGUGACCUUCACUGCCGCGAUUGUGCUGGACCUGUCGUAUUUUGACGCAUCACAACAUACACUAAACAUCACGCUGCUUCAUUGCGUCCUCAUGAGCAUGCUGAUUAAGGGAAGUGGUGCGCGCGUGCACGUGAACGUGACAUCCUCGAUGAUGGAUUCUGGUGAGCUGGAGUUCAGGGGUGAUUUUGGAGCGAGCUCCCAGAUACUGGUGGCGGGCAGUACGAUUGUGACGACGUCGGACCACGCCAUUUUAUUUGUGAAGUUUACUCUCAGUGCGAAAAUGACGCUGCUGCUACUUGACAACUACAUCGAGGGGAAUAGGCACGCAGUCUAUUUCAUCAAUGAUGUUGUUGUUGAUGGUGGCGGGAUCAUUGUGAAGGGAAAUACGCUGAGUACAACGAAGGAUGAUGACGGUGUGGAAUCAUCUGUUUGCGUUAAUGCUGUUGCUGUGAAGAACGGCGGCUACUUUGACGUGGAGAACAACACGAUGGGCUCGGCUGUUGGCGUCAUUCUUUUUGGGGAUACUACCGUGAGCUCCGCGGGGCUGCUGCGAGUGGCGGACUGCACCUUCGUUGGCGGGACGGAAAUUUUUGAUCCCGCGCUGGUGUAUUUGUCUGGCUCGGUGACACUCGAGGGUGGUGCGCAGUGGCGUGUGGAGGGAAACAGCGUGGGUGCAGCCUCAGUAUUAACCAUUCAGUAUUCCUGGCAAAGAAUUUAUUUGUCGGGCAGCGGCACCACUGUGGCGCUUGCAAAAAACCGUCAGGUGGAAGGAAACGCACUCUUCGCCAAGCUCUUUAAAUCGAACACGAUUGUUGAGUCACCCGCGCGCUUUGUCGUUGGGUGCAACCUGCAGGGUGAUGAGGAGGUGUCGUACGACGGCGUGUUUCCGGAGGGCGUGGAGGUGUUCAGGUGCGGCACAUGCGACGACGACGCGGCGUGCUACAUGCCCGGGACGGAGUUGGUGGACCGCAGCUCGUGCUCGUGCAGCUGCAAGGACGGAUGGCAUGGCGCGUCGUGUCUUCCCCUCGAGGUGCCCGACGCGGUUGUGCCGCCCGCAGCGGAGAGAGCCGUCGACGGCGACACGAGCUGCGUGGUGAACCAGACGCUGAAGAACCUCACGCUGAAAAUGUGGAAGACGCACCACUGCUACGCGGGUGUGACAUUCAGCGGCAUGGGUGCCGUGCUGACGUUCUUUCUCAACAGCAUGCCGCUGCAUCUCCCCAUCAACAUCACGCUCACUGGGUGCACAUUCCGUGAGGGUGCCGCCCUGCAGUUUUUUGGGGGUGCUGAGGCGGCCGAGUCAUCCGGCGUCCUGAUCCGCGUGAGCCAGACGGUGAUGCGGUCCUCUACCGUUGCUUUUUUACGUGCCUUCCCGCAGCACUGCGAGAUCGCCAUCACGGAGGUUGAUGCGGUACAGAACUUCGCGGUUGAAUUACCGGGUACUGUGAACAACAUAUGGAGCGUGUUUUUGCUGGGCGACGUCUUGUUGACUGCGUCUUCGCUGUUGGUCAGCAACGUCAAGGCGUAUGCAGCAAAGCGUGAUGUGUUUGGUUUGUACUCGACCGGGACGCUGACGCUGGUGGGUGGCAGCUCGCUUUACGUGCGGUACUGCAGCUUUGAGGGCUACAAAUACCUGUUCUACGUUUACAGUCUCAGUGUGAGUGGUCACUCCGUUUUUGCACUGCUCAACAAUACGAUGUUCUCCGGGGUAAGCCUGCUGCUUCAGCAUCAAGGAUUCAGCGUGUCGGAUCACAGUGUGUUUCGCGUUGUGGGGAACAGCGGCUCAGCUCGUUACGCUAUCUGUAACGAUGAAUUGUGGACCGUCCAGCAGUCAAGCUGGUUGGACUGGCGCGACAACGACGUGGAAGUGGGUGCGAUGUUUUACGACAGUGGCUCCGCUUUUGUGAGCAUUGACAGCAGCAGUGCUGUGACGCUGACGGGCUGCAAGAUGGGCUCGACGGGGUUGUCUUUGCCUUUGCUAUCGCGGGCUGACGCCGGCUACAGGUUCGUUGUUGGGUGUCUGACGGUCGCGGGACGUGUGGUGACGACGGCGGCUGAACUGGCGCUCCACGGCAUCACCAACGUGACGACGGUUGCCGCGUGCGGGGAGUGCACGAAGGAGGGCGACUGCUUUGCCCCGCUGACGACGGCGGUCAUUGGCUGCAAGUGCCAGUGCGCUGCUGGAGGGCACGGCGAUGUGUGUGUCCCGGCGCCUGUGCCUGCUGGCCCGCCACCGCCACCGCCGCCACCAGUGCCGCCCACACCGCUGCCACCGCGGGUUGGUGAGUGCAUCAGCGACAUGGUGUACCCCGAGGUUGCGCAGGCUGUGGGCAGCGAGCUGUCGUGGCUGUGCUACCGCAACGUUACGUUCAGCGGGGGCGGCAUGAGCCUGACGGUGCUGAUAGGGGCGAUGACGGGCGACGUGGCGAAUGUCACGUUCGAUGGAUGCACGUGGAGGGACGGGGCCGUGCUGUUGCUGUUGGGCAACGCCUACGCCGCUGUGGGGUCGUUGAACAUUGUCGUCACCGGCAACACAUUUAGUGACGCGCUGCUCAGCCCGGAGGGUGGGUUUCCACCGCACACGAACAUCACGAUCAGCGGAAACCGCUUCACUGCCACGAGGCUGAUCCCUCGGUCGGGUUUGGACCUUAGGAAGCCGUCGUGUGUUGCGAUGAAUGGACUGGCGAUCAGCAAUGACUCCGCGGUGGUGCUCAGUGGCAAUGUGUUUCAGAGCGUGACGGCAUCGUCAAGCGCCAUUUACGUUGUCAGAUCUGCGGUGAGGGUGUCGUGGCACUCCGUGUUUGCGGUGGUGGGCAAUACUUUUCAUAUGGCUGGCGGUGACAGUACGCUGAUACAUCUUGAAGGGUCUAGCCAGUCCUUGUCGCUGAGUGUACUGAACAACUCUGCCGUGGUGAUCCGAGGCAACUUUGUGACGAGGCCGGUGAGGUACUUCUUAUUACUAAUUUUGACAUUAAGUGUGGAGUCUUUUUCAGCGG